AACGGCCUCAUCAUCAGCACCGUAGCCUGCGGCCACCACCUGCACACGCCCAUGUUCUUCUUCCUGCUCAACCUGGCCCUCAGCGACCUGGGCUCCAUCUGCACCACUCUGACCAUCAUGUGCUACGACCGCUACGUGUCCAUCUGCAAACCCCUGCACUACGGGACCCUCCUGGGCACCAGAGCUUGUGCCCACAUGGCAGCAGCUGCCUGGGCCAGUGCCUUUCUCUAUGCUCUCAUGCACACAGCCAAUACAUUUUCCCUUCCCCUGUGCAAGGGCAAUGCCCUGGGCCAGUUCUUCUGUGAGGUUCCCCAGAUCCUCAAGCUUUCCUGCUCACACUCCAACUUCCGAAAAAUUUGGAUUUCAUCGCUUGGGGUCUGUUUAAGUUUUUGUUGUUUUGUGUUCAUUGUUUUCUUCUAUGUGCAGAUCUUCAGGGCUGUACUGAGGAUCCCCUCUGAGCAGGGACGGCACAAAGCCUUUUUCACCUGCCUCCCUCACCUGGCCGUGGUCUCCCUGUUCCUCAGCACUGGCUUUUUAGCCUACCUGAAGCCCCCCUCCAUCUCCUACCCAUCCCUGGAUCUGGCCCUGUCAGUUCUGUACUCGGUGGUGAGUCCAACACUGAACCCCUUCAUUUACAGCCUGAGGAACGAGGAGCUCAAGGCUUCCAUGUGGGCACUGAUGACUGGAUGCUUUCAGAAACAUUAA